CCUGAAAACGCCGCAAUACAAACGAAAUGCGCAAGCGCCUGUUGUCUGGUGGUAAGCCAGCCAGAAGGGACCUGGGGGAGGAGGCCGUGGCCUGGACAAGAUCCCACUGCGCAUCCUCCCCGGCUCCCCCACCCCUACAUUGCAGUCCCAGCCCCAGAUCCUGCACCAGCGGUGAGAACCUACCGCCCUCCACUGCGGAUUUCCAGGUCUUCAUUUGCCCAUUGCCCCACCUCCUUCCUCUUUUUCCUCUGCAUUCUUCUCUCUUCCUCCCUAUCCUUCUCCACCUGCUCCUUCUGCAUUUCCUUUUCUGUUUUCGCUUCUUCCUCUCCAUCUUUAUUCCUUUCCAUUCCCCUUUCCUUCCUCUCUUCUCCUUUCCUUUCUUUUUCUCUUGCCGCUUAGAAUUCUGACAUCCUUUUCUUUUCUCUUUUUCUCCUUCAUUUCCCCUUUUUCUUUUCUCUUCAUCUCCCCUCCUCCAUCUCUUCUAUUCCUCCGGGGCUCCUGUGGCAAGGCCCGACCAUGGGGAAAAACAAAUUAGUCUUCGCUCAGGGCUCCUGCUACUUCCUUGCCUUCCUGUUCAGCUUCAUCGUGGUGGUGCCAUUGACUGAGAACUGCCAUGACUUCCACGGCCGCUGCUUGCUCUUCACUGAGGGCAUGUGGCUGAACACCAAUCUGACCGUGCAGGAACACCAGCGCUUCACGGUGCAGGAGUGGGGCUCGCCCGCUGCCUGCCACUACUCUCUACUCGCUGCCCUGCUCUCCCUGUCUGUGGCCAUUGGGUUAGCCUGGCGGUCGCUCUAUCUCCUGUGCAAGGGAUUCGACGAGACCUGUCUUGAAUCAUUUGCAGCCUUGAUGCUUAAUAUCUUCAUCCUCUUUGUAGUCUUCAUUGCCUGUACUAUCAUCAGUGUGGGAUUUGACAUGUGGUGUGAUGCCAUUACAGAGAAAGGCAGCUUGCCCAAUAGCUGUGAAGAGUUUCAGAAUAUGGACUUGGAUUUGAACCCUGAAAACUCAGCCUUCUAUGACCAGUUUUCUCUUGCCCAGUUUGGUCUCUGGGCUGCCUGGCUGGCUUGGCUGGGCAUCACGAUCUUGGCCUUCCUGAAGGUUUACCACAACUACCGGCAGGAGGACCUGCUGGAGAACCUCAUCCACGAGAAGGAGCUGCUCCUGGGCCGAACCUCGUCGAGGACCUUUUUUCAAGAUGAGAAGAGCGGCAUGAUCUAAUACCAGAGCUAUCCUCCUUUCCUCCCGCACCCUGCAAAAUCUCCCCUUGAACCCAUUUGUGCCCUAGGGGCUCUGGCCUGGCCUUUCCUGUAGUGCUUGCUGAAGCAAAGUUAUUGCUAUUUUGGAAUGAAAUUAGGUCUGGUUUAAAGUCAUCUAAUCCUGUAUCCACCUGAAAGGUUUGUGGGCUGUCCCAGGUAGCCUUGAGAGACUGUUCCAUAUCCUCCUCAUUCCUACUCUCAUUUCCUUCCCUUUACCCAGCUACGCUGUCAUGUUUUCUGGCUCUGGCAAUACCAAUUUGGCUCAGUGUUUUAAUUACAUGAUGGAUUUGGCAGAUAAAGUGGCAAUAGUGGCUAAAUUUUGCUCACUUAACUGGCUGAUGUUGAAAUUUGAAUGGCCUUUUAAGAAAGGGUAUGAAGUGAAUUUAUGAGCAAGAGUGUAAGAGGCAUAUUUAAUAAUUUUUAAAGUACUUAAGGAAAUCAGUUUCGUUUCAUAUAUUUCCUUUCACAUCAACAGGACCAAUAUAGUUAAUGUUGCUAAGGUGAUUUCUGCUUGGAAAACUUUUUGGUUUUCAAUAUCCAGUAGAUAUCCAGUAAAUUUAAAUAAAUUUGUCAUAGUUUUUUGUCCUUGAGAAUAACAAUCACCUCUCAAAAUUACUUUAAAUUUGAACUUCAAUCCCAUAGACAUUUAAUAAUUACCUGCUCUGUGAAAAAUGGGCAGCAUAGCAUUGAAUUCAAUCAGAAGCCCAAAGACUUGAAUUGAAAACAUGCCUCUGACAAUAAUUAGUCAUGUGACCCAGGGCAAGCCAUUUAUAAUCAUAGGCAACAGGUUACAAGUUUUCUACCAAGUUAUGGAUGCACUCUGUGAUUGUGGUGGUAGUGGUAAAUCACAGAUCCUCAAGGAAUAUGUAAGACAUGAUUCUAGGUGUUGGGGAUACAAAGAUAGACAUAGAUCCUGUUUUCAAGUAGUUUCUAAUCUUUUUUGCAAGUUUAUUCAUUCAAAAAUAUUUCUUGAGUACCUAUUAAGGGGUAGGUCUGAAUUAGUAAAAUUGGAUUCUAAUUAUUAACUAUUUGGUCUAAUUAUCUAAUGUAAAGCUUACCUUAUUUGGUGUUUAAAAUUGCUUUGUAAUAUCCAAGUGCACUCAAGUCAUUUUUGCUGCAACUAUCCACCCAACAUCCCAAGGGCAAUUUUCACUACAAAAUAUAAGUUGUUCCAGAGGCAGCAUGGUAUGGUAGAUAGAAUAUUAGCUUUGAAAUCAUAAAGACCUGUUUUCAGAUCCUAACCUAAAUGCUUAAAAGCUGUGUGACACUGGAAAAGUCACUUAACCCCUCUGGUUCUUAAUUUCCUUAUUGGUGAAAUGUGGGGUCUGGACUUGUGGACCUCUAAGAUCCUUUGUAGUUCCAAACCCAUGAUCCUCUGAACCAUGGGGAGCAUCUCAUGUUUCAAUAGAUGAAUAUCUACUCCCUAUCUCACUACCCUCUGUGAGCAUUACUUAACUAACCCAGUAAUCAGAUCCACUUAGAAAAUGAAUUCUUUAGGGUUGACAUCUCCAGUUCAUGAAUGUAGGUCUUUCCUCAGACUCAGUUAGAAGGAAUUGUUGAGGCUAUUUGAUAAUAACAGACUACUCAUGUUGGAGUCAGGAGAUCUGAGUUUCAAUCUGUUCCUAAUCUGACUGUGAUUUGGGCAAAACAUCCUUCUCAGCCUCAAUUUUCUCCUUUAUAAAAUUAAGGAGCUCAUCUCUAAGGUCUCUUCUAACACUAAAUCUUUUUUGUUAUUUUAAAUUAUUUUAUUAAAAAUCAAUUAGUAUAUUGAGAAAGUGCUUGUAAUUGAUAUCAAGGAGCUUGAUUUUAUAGCCUGGCAUACCAAGGUAAUCUGCUACCUAUAUAAUAUAUUUGAUAAUUUGCAAGUAAAAAAUGCUAGAAAAAACCCAAGACAUUUCAAAAAUACAGGAAGCAAUCCAGUCUGUUUAAAAAAACCAAUUCCAUUUAUUCAAGUGAAGAUAGUCCAGUCAACAGUUGUAUACCAGCACUAAAUCUUAUAUACCUAAUUAACUGAGUUAGGAUCAAAGCAUCUAUCUUGCCAUCUAUCAGCAGGAUGGUGUUUCCAUUUUUUUUUUAAUUAAAAAAGUCUUUUAAAAAGAAUUUUUAAGUUUUUUUAAAGUUUAAAGUCAUUCUUUUGUAUAGAAAUCAGUAUUUUCUCCAUCUCAGGGUUUUACAUGGUCCCUGGGGAAUUGAGGCUGAACUGAGAAUGAAUCUAGACCCCAACCCCUCCCCAGUCUUAUCGUCAUCAAUGUCCCCUUUUCCUUUCGUUGCUUCCUUUAAUUUCCCAGGAUUGCUGCUUCAAUCCUCCAAGUAUAAACAUCUGGUUUAUGGUCAUCAUGGAGGCCCAGCAUCCCUGUGUUUGGCACCAUGCAGGCAAAACAUCUGGAUGUAUGGCAGGCAUUUCAGUUAAUGUUCAGAUGCUUUGGUAUUUCCUAGCCAGGAGGAGAUUCCUGGUGGAUAUCACAGUAAUCUUGUCUUCGGGUUAUCAAGUUUUCUCUUCUUUGACUAAAUUAGGAAUUCAGGAAAUUUCCUGAUUGGGUGAGUGAUUAUACCUUUCUGUACAAGGCAAGUUCCUUAUUGUUUGUGAGCCUCAGUUUUCUCAUACAUAAAAUGUACUUUUAGGAACCUUCUCAUUCUGAAUCCUAGAAACCUUUGGCUUUGUAUCCACCAGAGUGUUGAAAUCCUAUAGCAGCAGGUCCUGUAGACCCUCACCCUAGAGCAGGACUCAUCUUGGAUGGGAUAUAAUAGAAAAUAACAGUGGGGCAGUAUUAUCUCUGAUUCAAAUGAGAGCUACUGGAACAGUGAGGGAGCCAUGUUCUUGUGAGGACAUUAUUGCUUUGAUGCUUCAGGCGUUUUCAUUUUCAAAAGCUUUCAAGCUCCUGGAAAACUCUAAAACGUUACAUAGGCAGGGAAGUUUUGAUCCUACAUAUUUUUUAGGAGUAUUGAAAUGAUUAGAACAGCAUCAAUAGCAGCAAUUAAUCCACCUUCCAUGGCACUUUAAAGUUUGCAAAGUGCUUUCUGCCCAAGAUUCCUACGAGGGUGGGUUCUAAAGACUGUAGUCUCUUGUCUCUUCCUUAGAGUUUAGGAAGCAGACUUAGAGAGGGAUAAUGCCUUGCCCCAAAUCACAGAACCAAUUAAAAAACCUAUCAUUAAGCACUCAGAUCUCAUCUGGCACACUGUGUUUAAUUUUAGGUACCACAGUGUAGAAAGGAGAUUAAUAAUGUGGUUUGGAAAAUAGAACAUAGACUUGUAUUUAGGAUAGACCAGUUCAAAUCUGGCUAUGUGACUCUGGGCAAGUCAUUUAACUUUUGUCUGCUUCAGUUUCCUCCUCUGUAAUUUGGAUGAUAAUAGCAUUAUCUAUCCCUCUGGGUUGUUGUGUGGAUCAAAUGAGAGUAUUUGUAAAACAUUUUGCAAACCUUGAAGUGUCAUUUAAAUACUAUUGUCAUUAUUAUUAUUACUAAUGAUCCUGCCAGGAAAGACAGCCAGAAUGGUGAAGGCUUUUUUUGUCCAGGCCAGCUGAAGAAACUAGGAAUAUUUAGCAUGGAAAAGAGAAGACUCAGUGAUAUGACAUGUGAAAGACAAGAUUACUGAGGAAACAAAAUUUUAUUCUUCUGAGCAUAUUGAUUUUUUAAGCUAUGCACGCCAAUUGCCUAGCAAACUAGGAUCAGAUCUCCUCAGAUUAGGCUUGGACCUGAAGAUGGGGGAAAUAGACUUUUAUACAUUAAAAAAUUAUUCAAGUAAGACUAGUUAAUUAAAAGGAAACAAUACAACAUUAGGGAAUGAUUUCUAAUUGGAUAAAAGAUUAGAAAGUUUCAAAGUUAGUAGGGAGACAGUGAACAGGUACAAUUUCCUGAAUUCAGAAAAAAGAGGUAUCCUACUCUUCCCAAAUACUUGUAAGCAAUCAAAAGGAACAUGAAAACAAUAACUGAUUGGUCAUCAUGGGGACAAAUUAAAUGGAUUUUAUAUUCAAAAGGGAAUCAAAAAAGGGAGAUCAGAAAUCAUGGAGCCCAAGUUCUAUUUUAUAAUUGAAGAAACUGAGACCUAGAAGGUCAUACAUUAUUUGAAUGCUGGGCUUCCAAACUCCAAAUCUAAUGCCUAAUAUAUUCUAUUGCCUUAUUUGACAUCGAUUUAGCUAUUUUGUGGUAUGCAAGUACUCUGAGCUGUUUAUAGACAUGACCCUGACAUACUGUUAUUAGAUGCUGAAUGUGUUUUUUUGACCAAAAAUGCUCUCUUCUAUCCGGGAGGCAGCUAUAUAGUACAGUAGAAAGAAUCCUGGAUUUGGAGGAAGAUGGCCCAAGUUUAAACUCAAACUCUAUCACAGCCAACCUGCUGUGGGAUUCAGUCAAGUCAUUUAAAUUCUCUGAACCUCAGUGUCUCCAUUUGUUAAAUAAGAACACUGAUACUUGCCUUGCCUAACAGAGUUGUUAAAUGAAAUGGUUCUUAACCUUUCCAGGCCUUCCUUUCCUGUAAGAUGUCUGUAAAAAUAUUUGUAUGUGAGGGAAAUAGAUAAGAUGACAACGAAAAUCCCUCUUAACCCUAAAUUUUGGAUCUAAAAUCAUUGCACCACAUCAAUUGGAAGGAAAGCUUGCAUGAGAGUGAGGGAAGUUUACAUUGUGAAUUUUUGCUGAAUGACAUUAAGCUCCAUUUAUAAAAUACCAGAUUUAGAUUGUGAAGAGAUCAUAGAGAUCAUCUACUCUAAUCCUUUUUUCCAAAAUAUGAAACUAUGACUUAUAUGGAGUUUCACAGGUAGAAAAUAGCCAUAAUGGGAUGUUAUUAAUUUCCCUGUUAAGAAUGGUUUUAUUUUUUUUUGGCUGAGGCAAUUGGGGUUAAGUGACUUGCCCAGGAUCACACAUCUAAAAACUGUUAAGUGUCUGACAUCAGAUUUGAACUCAGGUCCUCCUGAAUUCAGAGCUAUCCACUGCACCACCUAGCUGCCCCAAGAAUGAUCUCUUUUUCAAAGAAGAAUGCCUCCAGAGGUGAGGCAUUUUUGUUACAAAAAAGGAAAAUGAAUCCCAAAUCUCAAAGAUCAGGUUAAUGAAAGAGAGAGAUGAUGAGAAAGUUCCUAUCCUUGUUCAAAAAGCAUGGAGUUGAGAUGAGACCUGGGUAAUUCCAAGAUUAUGAUCCAAAAGAGUCUUCUCAAUGGACCAAACAGAAAUACUGAUCUGGAAUCUAUUUGCCCCUUUCUUUUUUUUUUUUCCCUUCAUUUGUUACUUAUUGAGUGAUGUUCCUAGAACUUUAGACCUGGGGGGGACUAUAAAGCCCAGCUUUCUCACUUUACAGAGAGAGAGAAAGAGAAAAAGAGAAAGAGAGAGAGCAAGAAAGAGAGAGAGAGAUGAAAGAAUGAAUUUAAGCUCACAUAGCUACUUUGAUUUCAAUACAGGUCUUCUGACUUCAAAUCCAUUUUAUUCAAUUUUUAAAAUUAAAUAUCAUUUGAAUAAAUGUUGUUAAAAAAAAAAAAAAAACAAUUUCACCUCUAAGUGCUUGCUUAGACUAAGCCAGCAUGCUAUAAUAGUUACAUAGCUCACUUUGGAUUCAGGGAAAGCUAGGUUAAAUUCUGUCUUGAACAUAUGCUUGAUGUGUGAUUCCAGGGCAGUUCCUUAAAGCCCAGCUUCUUCACUAAGGAUAUUAGUAGCAGAGCAGGUACUGAGUUGCCUGAGUAAAGAAAGUUCCUUAUGUGGAGUCCUGGACAUCAAGGAAUUGAUAGAUUCCUCUCCUUUAUUAGUUUCCCUUAUGUAAAGUUGGGGUUCCAGAUAUGAAUAGCCUGAGUUCUAAGGACAGAUUUCCAGUGUGAGCUGUUUGUUCACCCUCUGUUUUGCUGCCUCCUAGAUGGACAGUUGCAUCUGUUGCUGAUCCCCUGAUGUUUUCUUCCUGCUGCUUGUAUGAAGUGGAAUUUUCCUCAGUUAAGGGUGACUCUUUGGCCAUCCUUGACCAGCAACAUGGCUUCCUUUUCUUUCUACUUAUCUCUAUUCAAUGUAUCUAAGACUUGUUUCUGCAGCCUCUCUCAAUAAAGUUGUUUUUAGCAUGGUA